CGAGCGGCGGAGGUAGACGUGAGGCGGUGGUGAGAGCGCGGCGGAGAGCUGCGGAGCUGAAAUGAAGCGCACACGCGGACGGACUCACACCGCGCAGCGCCGUGCGGCUCAGGAAGAGGCUCCGCGCCGCCAAAGCUGAAGGCUGCUCCGGCUGAGUGAAGGGCUCCGUCCAUGCGGAGGCUAGCGCUCGUACUGCUGCCCUGCGCUGUCGCCGUCCUGGUGCACUUGUGGUUGGCACAACGACCCCGCUCGACUCCGCUGGACAACAACGCACACUCGGAUGGAGAACUGCCCUUCUAUGAAGUUUUGGUGGGAGUGCUGUCAGCCAGACAUCAUUAUGAACUGCGGCAGGCGAUAAGGGAGACCUGGCUGGGCUACCUCAGAGAUCAGCCCCGCUUCCAUCACAGAGUGGGGGUGAAGUUUAUAGUGGGCGAGCAUGGAUGUCCCAUUCCCGAGGAGGACAGAGAGGAUCCAUACUCCUGCUCCAUCCUGAACUUCACCAAGCCAGCGACGGAUCAGGAUGCGGAGAUGGAGAUCGUUACGGUGUCUGACCCCUCGGCCCUCGUCCAGUCCGACGCGGUGGCCAUCGCCCUGGAUUUUAAGGUCCUCCAUCCUGUGGUGAUCACAAGGCUGGGAGUCUUCCCGAGCGGGUCCCGACUCGAGCUUCUGAGCAACGUGACGGUGAAGCUCCUCCAACUGGAUCAGGAGGAGGCUGUGGUUACCGCUCGCUUCAGUGCCAUCAGCACAGGGACCCUGGUGAACGGGUUGUGGUACAAACCAGUGGAGCAGUUCAUUUUGCCUAAGGGCUUUGAGGGGACGCUGGUUUGGGAGAGUCAGGACUCUGCUGGACUGACCACGGUUAACUCAUCAUCUGUGCAGCUCAAUGACGGAGGAGGUGUCCUUAAGAUCUCCUCUAUUGCAGAGGGUUUAUUGCCUCAUAGAAGUGCUCUUGGGUUUCCUGGCCUGGCUGGAGGAUUCACGUUUACUAUCUAUGAUGGAGACAGCUUGUCGGCGCUCCUGCGGGACCGCCCGGCCAGGAUGGAGCUCCACGCCUCCAGGCUGAAGCAGGAGGACGCUGCCUUGAAGCAGGAGAGCCUGAGGCACGGCGACAUGGUGUUUGUAGAUGUGGUAGACACCUACAGGAACGUGCCUUUCAAACUGCUUCAGUUCUAUAAAUGGUCUGUAGGAAACGCUGACUUUAAUCUGCUGCUGAAGACGGAUGAUGAUUGUUACAUCGACGUGGACUCUGUAUUAAUGAAGAUUGACCACAAGGGUCUUAAGCGCAGCAACGUCUGGUGGGGGAAUUUCAGGCAGAGCUGGGCGGUGGACCGCAUUGGCAAGUGGCAGGAGCUGGAGUACCCCAGCCCGGCGUACCCGGCCUUCGCCUGCGGCUCGGGCUACGUGGUGUCUCGUGACCUGGUGGAGUGGCUGGCUAGCAACGCGGAGAAGCUGAAGGCCUACCAGGGAGAAGACGUGAGCAUGGGGAUAUGGAUGGCAGCUGUUGGACCGCAGAAAUAUCAGGACCCCGGCUGGCUGUGCGAGAAGGAGUGCUACGUGGACAUGCUGUCCUCCCCCCAGCACACGGCCGAGGAGCUGCACGUCCUCUGGGACCAGAAGAGGGCAUGCGGAGACCCCUGCGGUUGCUCCUGGGGCCACUGAAAGUCCAGCUCACACCACACUCACCUCGUAGCACAGUGCGUAAACGCUCACACCAGAUUCUGUGGUUUCCAUAAACCCUUAAAUUGAGCCAUUACAGAGUUGAUAUGGUAUUAGUUUAUGAAAUGUUAGGUCAUCACUUAGAAAACAAUCUUUCAGAUGCAACUUCUUAAUAUUAGCAAACACUGCGCCAAAAUAAAGCAUUAGAACAUAUUUAGCUGUGGCAACUGUCGGUAUUUGUGUCAUAGAAAUUGAAUUUCUCCAGCAGAGGAGGAAGACCAGGACAUGAUGGACAUUAUGCACACAAUCAUGACCUAAACCAUUAGGAAUAUAAUAAUUAUUGGUGUUUUGACACUCGCUUGAUUUGAACCUUCUAGUUUAAACGAAUAUUUGAUGGUAUUUUAAAGAUGAACACUUUACAUUGCUGUAUUUUGUAAAUGAUUGUUACGCUUUUCAUCCUCCUCACUAUCUGUAGGUUUCUAAUGAGCCACACACACACACACACACAACACACACACACACACACACACACACACACACACACACACCCCUAAACUGAGUUUGUACUGUAUCUGUCAUUGUGCACAUAGUGAUGUGGCCUUACUGUAUCUGCUCGGCAUCACGCUCCAUGUACGUCAGCACUUAAAUGAGUGUCUCUGCCACGUUUUGCAGUUUGUGGAACUCAGCAGGACGGUGUCAUAGACGCGGUAGCUGAACACUGGUUCAGGAACGCGUCCUCACAGGUAAUAAAGACGCUUGCGUGAGA